AUGGCGCUCCGGGGACGUCUCUCGACGUCGUCUCCCGCGACGCGCGCGGCGAGGGUGGCGUUACGGUGUCCGAGAAAACGUUCCUCGGCGACGCGGUUUUUCAAAGCGCGCGCGAGCGCGAGGGCGACGGUUUCGGAGGAGACACCUUUCACAUUGUCGAAGUCGAUGGUUCGCACGACGUCUCGACGCGCGCUCGGGCUCUCGAGCGCGCUCUGGGUGGUCGUCGGAUUUGAUGGACCCGCCGCGCGCGCAUCGAUGGGAUCGAUGAGCGCAUUCGAUGCGCUCGAACGCAGAGCAAAGUCGGCGUAUUACGCGCGCGACUUGUCUGGAGCGCUCGACGCGCUCACUGCGAUCAUUGAGCUCGAACCUGAAGAGCCAGUGUGGCGAGAGAGACGGGGGCAGGUGUACGUGGACCUGAAGCGGUUCGAGGACGCCAUCGUGGAUUACGAUUUUGCAGAAAAGAAGUAUGAGAAGGAGUAUCGAUCGCUCGGGAUGUUAUCGAACAGAGCGCUCGCUUACGAAGGGCUCGCGCGAUGGCGCGAGGCCAUAGAGAACUACAGCGAGGCGAUCAAGUACAGUGAGAUGAUUGGUGCGGUGCCACCGUACGUUUUGAACUCGCGAGGAAAUUGCUACAACUCGGUGGGGGAGUACCAGAAGGCGCUUGUCGAUUAUGAGAGAGCGGCUGAAAUUUUCCAGCAGUCGAGAAACCUGAGCGGGGCGAUUUACGCGGCGUCGAACGCGGCACUGAUGAAAGUCGAACUUGGUCGAGUGGACGAGGCGAUCGAGGAUAUGGAAAAGGUGAAGCGACGCGCGGCGGGGUCAGUGGACAUGCGCGCAGCUCUCGCAGCGCUCUAUUGGUCACGAGGAGACGAGCAGAGAGCCGAGGACAACUGGAAUUGGUCAUGCGAAAAAAUCAACAGCGGGCAGCUCGCAGAGGGUGGCCCCGUGCUGGAUGGGUGCGAACUCUACCGCGACUAUGAUUGGCUCGCGCGCAUUCGUCGAUGGCCGCCAUCCAUGGUUGAACGGUUCCGCAAGUUCAUUUCACUGACGCCUCCUUGA